AUGACCCCCGCUAGACUUUGGUGUACAUGUGAUGUAUACUACAGUUUAUUUCACGAGCAUUGAGAUUUCGUAAGCUAGCUGUUGUCAUAGGACUUUCGAUCUUAUUUAUAAACUCUUUAAACUAGUGAAAGUUUUAAACAAGAAACGUGAAGAAUUUGGACAAAACAGUGACAUUUUAUUUCGGUUAUUCGGUGUAAAGGGGUCGAGACAACAAAGCGAAUUCUAAAGGAGUUUCUUUUCAUCUGACAGCCGCAUAGAGCGGACAGCGCUCGGCCAAAAUUUGAUGCACUUGUGAGAUCGGGAAAGUUUCUCUUUCAUAAAGAGUAUUCACACAUCAAUUCAACAGAGAGACCUAACGACAGAAAAUGGUCGCAGGUCUUUUGGGGGCUGUGCCCUCGUUCAAGAAGCUCAGCUCAAGUCGGAGCGAUGAUUGGAUCGACCGUAUGUCCCACAUCUAUACGGUGUUUCUACUGGUCAUUUUCGCAGUAUUGGUCAGUACUGGUCAGUUCGUCGGGGACCCGAUUCAUUGCUGGUGCCCCGCGCAGUUUACGGGUGCAUUUGAAUCAUACACAAAAAACUACUGCUGGAUAAAGAACACGUACUAUAUCCCCAUGAUGGAGACUAUACCAAUUGACAUCCAUAAACGUCAGGAAGCCGAAAUUACCUACUACCAGUGGGUACCGCUGAUCCUGCUCUUCCAGGCCUUCCUCUUCAAGUUCCCUAACGUCAUAUGGAAGAUGCUUAAUGGUGGAUCUGGCCUUAACUUGGACAAAAUCUGUAAACUUGCCGAUGAGACCCAGUGGGGUUCUCCUGACGACCGCAAAUCUGCCAUCGAAAACAUGGCCUUCUUCCUGGAUCGCUGGCUCCUCACCCAUCGCCAAUACAAGCACAACUUUGUUGCUAGGGCUAAGGCAAAGGCUUCCCGUUUGGUCUGCUUCCUAUGCAACAAGCGUGAAGGCACAUUCCUCACUGCUCUUUAUCUCUGCAUCAAGGUCUGCUUCCUCGCUAACGUGAUUGGUCAGUUCUUCCUUCUUAACGCCUUCAUGGCGACCGAUUACAACAUGUACGGUUUCGAGUUCAUUUCUAUGAUGAACAGCGGCGAGAGUAUGCGCGAAUCUCCACGAUUUCCACGCGUUACCCUAUGUGACUUCCAGAUCAGACAGCUCCAGAACAUCCAGAGAUGGACUGUUCAGUGUGUGUUGCCCAUCAACCUCUUCAACGAGAAGAUCUUCAUCUUCCUCUGGUUCUGGUUCUUCUUCAUCGCCUGUCUCUGCGGCUUCAACCUCCUUAAGUGGAUGUUUCUGAUCGUUUUCAAGAGAAACAAUUACAUGUACGUUAAGAAGUACCUGACCAUCACUGAACAGCUGGUGAACGCCUCGGACAAGAAAAUGUGCAGACGCUUUGCUGAGCAGUAUUUGAGAGAUGACGGCUGCUUCGUUGCUCGUAUGAUUGGCAUGAACUCCACGGAUAUGGUGAUCACAGAUUUACUCGACUGCAUGUUUAGGAACUUCCGGUUGAGAGAAGAACCGAAACACCAGGAAUUCCCGGAAGACGAGGAAUCUAAACUACUUGACAAGGAAAAGGACACGAACCCACUUGCCUUCCGAGGAAAUAACGUUCAGUGUCCAGGGGAGACAUUCACGAAACGUCCUCAGUCCAGGGGAGACAUUCACGAAACGUCCUCAGUCCAGGGGAGACAUUCACGAAACGUCCUCAGUCCUGGGGAGACAUUCACGAAACGUCCUCACUCCAGAGGAGACAUUCACGAAACGUCCUCAGUCCAGGGGAGACAUUCACGAAACGUCCUCAGUCCAGGGGAGACAUUCACGAAACGUCCUCAGUCCUGGGGAGACAUUCACGAAACGUCCUCAGUCCAGAGAAGACAUCCACGUAACGUCCUAAGUCCUGGGGAGACAUUCACGAAACGUCCUCAGUCCAGAGGAGACAUUCACGAAACGUCCUCAGUCCUGGGGAGACAUUCACGAAACGUUCUCAGUCCAGAGAAGACAUCCACGAAACGUCCUAAGUCCAGGGGAGACAUUCACGAAACGUCCUCAGUCCAGAGGAGACAUUCACGAAACGUCCUCAGUCCAGGGGAGAGAUUCACGAAACGUCCUCAGUCCAGAGAAGACAUCCACGAAACCGCGGUUACGGGACUUGUGUCCUUUAAGAGUUUCUUCAGCAGCAACUGUGAUGACUGGAUCGAUAAACUGAACCACUGUUACACCGUGACCAUAAUUCUUGUACUAGCAACCGUUAUAACAACCUCACAGUAUGUUGGGGAGCCCAUACACUGUUGGAAUCCUGCAGAAUUCACGGGUGCUUGGGACAAGUACACCAGUGCCUACUGCUGGAUCAAGAAUACUUACUUCAUACCUAUUGGGAACACCAUUCCAAGGGACCUUAACGUCAGAUCGAAUGCAGAAAUCACGUAUUACCAGUGGGUCCCUCUGAUCCUCGUGUUCCAGGCGUUUAUGUUUAAAUUCCCAAACUUGGUCUGGAAAAUCUUCAACACUCGUACAGGAAUCAACGUAGCAAAAGUUUCUGCGCUUGCGCAGAAGGCUUACUACGAAACGCCCAAAGAACGCGCUGAGGCUAUACAAAACAUCGCCGAAUUUAUGGACGUUUGGAUUCGAUCUCAUCAUUACUAUCAACAUAACUUUUUAACUCGUGCGAAAGCUCGUCUAUCUCGUGUUUUGUGCAUAAUAUGUAACAAGAAAGAAGGAAAGUUCAUCUCAGCACUGUAUUUUAACAUAAAAAUCAUGUACGUAGCCAAUGUUAUUGGGCAGUAUUAUAUGUUGAACGCCUUCCUUGGGAUGGAUUUUAACAGUUACGGUUACGCUGUGCUAAGUGGACUGUCAAACGUUGCAACCUGGCCAGAAAGUCCUCGAUUCCCCAGAAUAACAUUGUGUGACUUCACCAUCAGACAGCUGCAAAAUGUACAAAGGUACACCGUCCAGUGCGUCCUGCCAAUCAACCUCUUUAAUGAGAAGGUCUUCAUCUUUAUGUGGUUCUGGAUGUUUCUCGUUGCUGUUCUGUCAACUAUCAACCUCUUUCAGUGGUUUCUGACAUUGAUUAUCCGUCGCAAUAACUACCAGUUCGUGAAGAAGUAUCUGAAGGUCAUGAACAAGGUCAAGGACGCCAAUGACAAGAAGAUGGCUAGGAAAUUUUCCGACUACUAUUUGAGAGAUGACGGAUGCUUUGUUCUGCGCAUGAUCGGACUGAACACUUCCGACUUGGUUGUAAUGGACCUGAUAGAGAAGCUAUGGAAACUCUACGGUAAAGAUACCGUCCGACGCCGGCGGUAUUCCGACGUCGACCCGGGGACGGGUCUUUUGGAAGGGGGUGGGGACAAAUCACCUAAGGACAUUCCUUUUAUGGAUUCGGAAACUGCGGAUAAGAACGUGUAGGGCUGUGUGAAUGUGAGGGUAGGCGUAGGUUUACUAUGAAGGGUACCGAAACGUUACAUGGUGUUCCCAAUGCGUAGGGUUUUAAGGGUAAGCCUAUUUUGAAGCAUCGUCGGAGACCCCCGAAACGCACAACGCUGUAUGUAUGAAGUGUAACGGAAGAAAGUACCGUAAUUGCCGACGAUGAUUUUGAAGGAGAUUAAGUGUAUUUGCUACGGACGAGGUUUUAGGGUAAGCGUGGUGUUAUCGUAAAUGGUAAUGAUCCGAUUUUAUUUUCUUUGGCCGUGACAGGGUUAUAUUUGGUAUGAAGUGUUUUUUGGUUGGAUCCCUUGGGAUUGAGACGUGUAAUUGUAAUUGUUGGUGAUUACAUAUAUUACAACAGAGUUGGCGUUCGUUUGAUAAAAAUAUAUUUUGUUUUGUUAUUAUUAUUAUUAUUAUUAUUAUUAUUAUUAUUAUUAUUAUUAUUAUUAUAUCGGAAAUUUGGUUUAUUGAAUCCCUAUUAUAUCGGUCAAUUGUUGUGCCCCAAGUUUGGUCAUUAACUGUAUUGAUUUGCUUUGCGGUGGGUUUGCUAGGGUUCCCGUUAAAAAAAGACCGUGAGAAGGGAGGUGAAUCGGGGUUGAGGUUGAGGGGUGGUGUGGUUGUGUAGUGCACUCGAUGCAUGCAUAAUUUACACCAACCAAAAUUCACCAUAUUUGUUUACCAUUAACUUAAAGUUAGCCCCCUCUGGCAACUAGUCCUGGAAUAUGUUUGCUGUCAAUUGGAAAUACUAUAAACCUCAUGGCCUGGCAAAUCCAUAUUUCAAGUGUGAAACUGGUCAGAUCUGAAUUCAUGCGUUGUUUUUUUGUAUGUUUUUCUGUGAUAUUGUUAAUUACUUUGAGGUAAUUAUAUAUUUGUUUUUGUUUCUAUCAAAAUGUAUGGCAUCUUAUCCAGAAAUGUUUGCUUUCGAAUACUGAUUGUACAAUUCAAAGUUCAUAAAUACAGUAGAACACCGUUAACUCGAACUCGCUUGACUCGAAUUCCUCGUUUGCUCGAACUGUGUUCCUGUUUGGCUCGAAUUUUUCGGAGCUCGAGAUAUUUUCGCUUGUCCUUGAGAGUUCGAGUCAAUGGGGUUCGACUGUAGUAAAAACAUCACAUUUCUUUCAUUUCGCAUACAUAAGGAAUGAGGCGAACAUUUUAUUAAAGUCCCAACGGCCAUGCUUACAAACAGUCUCAAGUCUGAGUUCAGACUCAAGGGACAUAAUAGCAAUCUUCAUCUCAUUGUUACUUUCUUUCUAGUUGAGUUUUACAGAUGAAAUAUCAGACAUGUUGUAUUUUAUUACUGUUCGAAAUUGUGAAAUUAUUCACAUUAAUUUUUGUAAAACGAAUACAAUUACAAUUACAAUUAAGAUUCUUUGUAAUUUAAUAAAAGUGCUAUUCUGAGACUUUUUAUAGACUAGACUUAAGACUGUUCGAAAUCAUGGCCCAAAAAGUUUCAUGUACAUCAAGCGGUUGAUUAUGUGUUUCUUGAUAUUGUUAAUUAUUUUGUGGUGUGAUUGUCUGUUUUGCAUAUAUGUUUUAUUUAUCAAAAGUAUGGUAUCUUAUCCCGAAAUACUUGAUUUUGAAUACUGAUUGUAAUAUUCAAAGCUCAUAAAUACAUCACAUAUUUCAUUUUAUCAUACAUAACGAAUAAGGUAACAUUAUUAUUAUAAAAGUCCCGGACUUUUAAGUUGUAUGUAAAUCCAAAAGUAGACUACUCAAACUAAACGAACUCAUGUUAACUUCACGUGCAUGUAUUGUCAUUGGUAAAGUUUUUACACAAACAAACAUUAAAUGCCGCUGUCAAGUGAUUUAUUUCGUCUGCAUAAAACUAUUGGAGUGCAUAGACCUUAAGGCGUCCGAUGCACAUGUAAGCUUGUUAUUGCAUUGAGCCAUUGGCAAGAAAACUAAUUAUGUAUGUCUGGGGACACUUAUAUAACCAUUUUGGUUUUAUUUGAAAGUCAUUGUUUGCUUAUUAAUAUUAAAGAUGAAAAACAUAUUACCGCUUAUCAAACACAUAUUGGCAAAUUUUGCCAAUUUUAUGGCCAAUAAAAUCUGCAUUGAAUUAGGUUUUCGGUAUAAACAUUCAGCAAACAAUUUUGAAUGAUACCAGAAUAAUAUGGUCCACGAGACCUCCAAAUACCACAUUAUUUAAGGCCCACUAGUUUUUGUAAAAUGUUUUCAUUACAAACAAACAGCAAACUUAUUCGAAUGAUUCAGAAAUGAUAUGGGGUCUAAAUACAUCCGAAAAUCACCUGACUCUACAUUAGACACCUUAACUAUUGUUUUAUCUCUUUGUUUCUAAAAUUGUCCCAAGGUAAAACAUUAAGCUGAUGUAUGUGAUGUAUUCUCCUUAUUUUAUGUUAAGCAGCUAUUUUUGUUUCCAUUGUGAAUUUCAUUUACGUAAUACAUUUCUUAAGCUCUUACCAUAAUGUUUGAACAUGGUAAGAUAUGUUUGGUGUGAGUUGAUUAUGUUUUCUUAAAUAAGUCUGUCUCCUUUUGCUGUGGAACUUUGUUUUGUAAGAUGUGUACAUUGUAUUGAAGUAUUUUGACAUUGCCGUGCAAUAAAACUAUUCAGACAAACUUUA